GAAUCCAAGUCUGCCAAUGAUCGAGGAUUUACACAUGGUUUUGUUGCUUCCCUAUCCAUUAUUAUCAUAUCGGAAUUAGGAGAUAAAACAUUCUUUAUCGCAGCUAUUAUGGCCAUGAAAUAUUCACGUUUAUCCGUAUUCGGUGGUGCCAUCUUUGCUUUAGCAGUCAUGACAAUCCUGUCCGCAUUUGUUGGCCAUGCUGCGGUUUUCAUUCCUCGCAAAUAUACAUAUUAUCUAUCGACCUUGCUCUUUGUAAUUUUUGGCUUAAAGUUAAUAAAAGAAGGGUAUUAUAUGUCAUCGGACGAAGGCCAAGAAGAGCUAGAGGAAGUUUCCGCCGAGUUAAAAAAGCGAGAAGAAAAUAUGAAUAUUGAAGUUAGUGCUGCAUCUACCGUCGAUGUUGAAUCUGGUGCUAUCCGUGGAGCUGGAAGUCGCUUACGAAGGUACUUUCACCUAAUUGUGUCUCCCAUCUUCAUCCAGGCUUUCGUAUUAACUUUCCUAGCCGAGUGGGGAGACAGAUCGCAAAUCAUGACGAUAGUCCUAGCCGCCAGAGAAGAUAUUUCUGGAGUAACAAUCGGUGGAAUCUUAGGCCACAUGCUUUGUACACAACUUGCUGUUGUUGGAGGACGAAUGCUUGCCCAAAAAAUUUCAGUUAGAACAGUUACGCUGAUAGGUGGUGUCGUUUUCCUGCUAUUCGCAGCAACAGCAUUAUUUCAAGACCCCUCAAAGAUUUAA